CAAAUUCUCAUUUCGUUUGCUGACAGCUGUCAGACUUGACUACUGUGUGAAAAUUGUUCCCGUCUUUUCUUUCUUCUCGACAAAAAUAAAAUUUUGAAGUUUCUCCAAUUUUGGCAGAUCUCAAUUAAUUCCACACAAAAAUAAUGCAAAAACACUUCAAAAUAAACUACUUUGCAAAAAUAUAAAUAAAUAACAAAUCGUAUUAGCCGUUAAGGUUUUUUUGAGAAGAAGAAAAUUAAAUUUUUUUUUUCUUAUUUGAUUUGUGUGAAUUCUGAAUAAUACGACAUUUUUCGUCACCUUAGAAAAUCAAACUCGGGAAAAAUAGAAUUUAUUUUAAAUUUGAUUAAACUCCUCUUGGGGUUAUUUUUUUUUUCUUGCCCGGAAUCCUUGGUAAAAUUUCAUCACCCAGAAAAAAAAAUAAACUUUAAAAGAAACAAGGAAUAAGUGAAGCAGCACGAAGAUGAUCUCGCCCGAUGCUCUUCAUCACGAGGAGGUGAACUCCGACCUCGACCGACAAAUAAGACAGGACAUCCAUGACAUGGCUCAGGAGGCACAGAUCCAAGCCCAGAUAAUCCAACACGAAGCACGUGAACGCUUCCAAUCAACAUCUAGUGCCGAUGAAUCUGGUUCCGAUCACGAUGGCAACCAUCAGGAUAUGCACGACAUGAGUGACAUGCAAGAUUUAAAAGAUAUCAAAGACAUCAAAGAUAUACUUGAUUCUGGCGAUGGCAAUAAUAUGGAUAGUUCAUCCAUACGCAAACGUCGUGGCAAUUUACCAAAACACUCUGUUAAAAUUCUUAAACGUUGGCUCUAUGAGCAUAGAUACAACGCAUAUCCAAGUGAUGCCGAAAAGUUGACAUUGUCACAAGAAGCCAAUCUUACAGUUUUACAGGUGUGCAAUUGGUUUAUAAAUGCCCGCAGAAGAAUUUUGCCUGAAAUGAUUCGUCGUGAAGGUAAUGAUCCUCUCCACUAUACUAUCUCUAGACGAGGUAAAAAACUUAAUUAUUCAACAAUGAGUGCAUCGAGUUUAAACACAUCUGGCAAUAAUGCACCAAAUCCAAUUACUGGUAGUCCGGCUUCAGAAGUUAUUGUCGGAGCAACCGAAGAGGUUGAAGGCGAGGAAGUGCAUGAUGGUGUUGCCAAUGUACUCACUGCAUUAGGCCAUCAUUUUGUUCAAACACCAGGCGGUCAAGUUGUCAAAGUUGAACCCGAAAUGGAAUACGACGACAGUGUUAUAUACAGAUAUCGUCGACAAAUGUCGCCUUCAAAUUCACAAUUCAUGCAAGUUCCAAGAUAUCCUUUUAACAACAUCACCAACAACCUACCUCAAGCCUUUCAAUUCUAUCAAUAUCCCCGUAAUAAUAAUUAUUUCUAUAACCAAACUGUCAAUCAAAUUAUUCAAAAUAAUCCCAAUCAAUCAUUCCCAAGUCCCGCUAUCAAGAAACGGAGAUCUGAAGAUGACAGCGUAAAUGAAUAUGAAUCGUGUUCACCAAGUGAAGAAGAUACAAACAAAUUUGAAAACUCUAAUGCAUGGCAGGGUGUUAUAAGUACCGAAGAAGUAACAACAAGUCCAUCCAAUGCUGCCUAUUGGAGUGCGCCACACCCGCAUUUGGCACAUUUACCACAAAUACCGCAUCCGUUGAGUGGCAAUACAACAACAACCACCACAGUUGAAAAAACAAUUUCAGUUCCUAUUUGCUUGGCGCGAGGAGGAAGUUCAAAUUCACAAAUUGUUGUGCAAUCUGCCAAUGAAUCUAACACAUCAGCCAAUCACGUGAUACAGAAUGCAACAUCAAAUUCAAUUGUUGAAGUUGCAGCAACGACGGUUGGAGCUGAAGCUACAGUUGUCACUUCAUCAACACAAAAUAAUGUGUUAAAUAAUAAUAACAACAAUAACUCAAAUACAAACAAUAAUAAUAACAAUAAUAUGUUGUCAGCGCAGAGUGUUAUGAUGCCCAGUAGUCAUAUGGUGAAAGGAGUUAUUCGAGAUGAUAAAGAUAAAUUCAAGUGUUUGUACCUUCUAGUUGAAACUGCUGUUGCUGUCCGCCAACGUGAACAGGAACAAGAAGACGUUCAUGUGCUGGAUUUUGUUCAAACAUAAAAUAAAACAAAACAAACGAACAUACAUAAAUGUAGAAAAAGAUAAAAUAACAAACUAGUUGUUAGCUACUUUGAAACACACAACAACAAACAAAAUCACCAUCAAUUCAUCCAAAAUACUCCUUCGAGAAAAACAAAAUAAAAACUCACCAACCACGACAUUUCGACCAAUUUACAAAAAAUCUUCAGUGUUCCAACGGAAUUUUUUUUGUCUGAUAUAAACAGAAGAAGGAUUUAAAUAAAAUUCCAUCCAUCCAUCUUGAAACGCAUAACCAACCCAAAAAAGUAGUUGUAUACAUCGUCGUCGAGGAAGAGAUAAAAAUAGGUGUUUUAAAAAUUACAAAAAGGGAUACUAAAUAUUUAAAAUAAAAUAAAACCACAGAGUGAGAGAACUUGCAAAUAAAACAAAGAAAUAUUGAAAUUUUAACAAAACAGAUUUAAAAAAAAACACAUAAUUUUCUUUAUAAAUAAUAAUUAUUUUACUACAUUCAACUUUUCAUUUUAUAUAAAAAAUACAAAUACAUAAAUAUAAAAUACAUGAUAAAUGUAUAUAAAUACAAAUAUUAUAUAUAUAAUUUUUAAAUUUACCUAACAGAUUUAAAUAUAUUUUAAUAUAUCACAAAAAUAAAAGGAAAUUUUCAAAAAUUUCCUCUUACAGAUACAAAGUAUUUUUUUUUUCUUUUUUUCAAAUUCAUAAAAAUAUACUAAAAUGCAAAUAUUAUUACAGAAUAAUAUUUAAUUAUAUAAAUGUAUAGUAAAUCAAAUGGAUCAAAAUUUAAAAAAAA